UCCCAUCAUCAGCACUUUGGCAUUCUCUCCAUCCACCGCACGCCUGACAUCUCCAGUUCAGGGCCAAAAGACAUGGACUUUCGUUCAGUUCUGCGAUGGCUGUGGGUUCACAGAAACUACCUGAUCAUCUUCAUCACACCUAUUCUGAUCCUGCCUCUGCCUUUGGUCAUCCCCACACCAGAGGCCAAAUGUGCUUAUGCCAUCAUCCUUAUGGCGCUGUACUGGUGCACUGAGUGCAUGCCAUUGGCCGUCACAGCCCUGCUGCCUGUUGUCCUCUUCCCAAUGAUGGGAAUCAUGGAAUCUGGACAGGUGUGUGUGCAGUAUUUAAAGGACACCAAUAUGCUGUUUAUUGGGGGGCUGCUGGUGGCUAUUGCUGUUGAACAAUGGAACCUCCACAAGCGCAUCGCUCUCCGGGUUCUCCUAAUAGUCGGAGUUCGACCUGCUUUGUUGAUGUUGGGGUUCAUGAUGGUAACAGCCUUCCUCUCUAUGUGGAUUAGCAACACGGCCACCACAGCCAUGAUGUUGCCCAUUUCGCAGGCUGUUCUCGAGCAGCUCAGCGCCACAGAGGCAGAUGCUGAUGAGAAAGAAGGGCAAGACAACCAGGCUUUUGAGCUGGCUGAGCUGCCUAAUGCCAAGCCACCUUUGGACAACAGCACCGGGAACAAACCUAAUAAUAACUCAGAUCCAGAAGCAGGAAUCAGUUCAGUAUCUGAACGCAGGAGGAUAGCGCGUGAGGCCAAAUAUCUUCAUCUUUUUAAAGGGAUGAGUCUCUCUGUGUGUUAUUCCGCCAGCAUCGGAGGAACAGCUACUCUAACAGGCACCACACCAAAUCUCAUUCUCAAGGGCCAGAUGGACGAUAUCUUUCCACGUAACCCUGAUGUGAUCAACUUCGCCAGCUGGUUCGGCUUUGCCUUUCCUAACAUGGUGAUGAUGCUCAUUCUGGCUUGGGUUUGGCUUCAGUGCUUAUACAUGGGCUUAAACUUUAAAAAAUCCUUCGGCUGUGGUCAGUCGAACGAGGGAGACAAAGAGGCAUACAAUGUGAUGAAGAAGGAAUAUAAGAAACUGGGACGCAUGUGUUUUGCCGAGAUUGCAGUGCUGAUCAUCUUUGUGUUGCUGGUGAUACUGUGGUUCACACGAGAACCGGGUUUCAUGCCGGGCUGGGCCAGUGAGCUUUUCAACAAAAAUGGACAAUACGUCACAGAUGGCACUGUGGCCAUUUUAAUGUCAACCCUGUUCUUCAUCAUUCCAUCACGAGUGGAGUGUUCCUGUCAAAGUACAGAUGGUUGUUGUGAUGAUCAUGAAGAAGAACAGCAGGACGAGGACAAACAGGAGAAGAGAGCACCUAAGAAGUUGAUGGCUCCUCCCACUCUUCUGAACUGGAAGGUGGUGCAUGAACGGAUGCCCUGGAAUAUAGUUCUGCUGCUGGGGGGAGGAUUUGCUUUGGCGAGUGGAAGUGAGGAAUCAGGAUUGUCUGAGUGGUUGGGUGAAAGUUUGGCCCCUCUGCAGAGCAUCCCACCCUUCGCCAUCUCUCUGAUACUCUGUCUGCUGGUGGGAAUGUUCACGGAGUGCUCCAGCAACACAGCCACCACCACUCUCUUCCUGCCCAUUCUCGCUUCUAUGGCCACGACUAUCCACCUCCAUCCUCUAUAUGUCAUGCUGCCCUGCACCAUUAGCGCAUCGCUAGCCUUCAUGCUUCCUGUUGCCACUCCACCCAAUGCCAUUGCUUUCUCCUACGGCAACCUCAAAGUCUUGGACAUGGCAAAAGCAGGUUUCAUGCUCAACCUCAUUGGUAUUCUGUGCAUCAAUCUCGGCAUCAACACGUGGGGAUCAGCCAUGUUCCAGCUCGACACCUUCCCCACAUGGGCAAACAGCACAUGGGUCAACAGUACACAUGGAACACCAUGAUCAGCUUCUUAUUGGAUCUUACGGUUUAGAGAAAUACUGAAAGGGGAGAGAAUUCAAGUAAUGUCAUGAAGUGCAGAACAGCAUCACAGUAAGGAGUGUUAUAUCAUGCAGAAUCCUCAACCCUCCUCACUGACCUCUGGAGCAAAAGCUCAAUUCUCUCGCAAACAUUUUCACUGUAUCCUGUCAAGCACUCAUGGCCGAAUAAUCCAUAUGGAUUCACGACCUUUAAGCCUGGCAUUCUGUAUCCCAUACGUCAGUAUUUAAUGUCACUCCAGUUUGCUCCAUGUAGCGCUUUUGCAGGCCCAUUGUGGUAGAAGAUGAUCUAGAUUCAUCAGCAAAGAUUCAUAUAUUUAGGGCUUUGGUUUUCAAGAGCUCUUCUGGUCUUCCAUUUGUGCUAGUUCACGAAAAUAUAAUUUAUAGGGUCUCGUUCAGACCAUUUAUAUUUCUGAUCCCUUUUUGGAUCGCUAAGCCUGUAUUUACUUUUUAAUACAUAGUUAAAUGUCUGUAAAUUCACGUAUACUCCAAACUAAACAUAAAAAGUUAUUUUGUAUUUUUAAAUGAGCCCAUAGAAAUUUUUGUAUGGAAUUUUUUAUGUACAUCAGUGCUGUCAAAUCGAUUAACCGUGAUGAGUCGAUUAAUUGUGAUUAAUCGGUUCCAAAAUAAAUGUCUGUGUUUAUAUAACAUUAACACACACACGGUUUACUCCAUAGACGUAAUGAUUUUUAUAAUGUACAAACUGUAUGUUCUAGUCCUACCCCUAAACCUAACAUCACAGAAAACCUUUGGCAUUUUUUUCUUGAAAAAUAUUAUAAUUCAGUAUGUCCCUGUAAACCAUGUUAUUACACAGAUUUGUGUCCUCGUCCACCAUGUACACAAGCACACACAGCACUAAUUUACAAAAUGUUGUAGAAUUUCUAUUGCCAGAAAUGCAAUAUAAUAUAUAUAACUAUGUUGUUUAUCUUAUUUCUGUGUCAGCCAGGGUAGUGCAUCAAAGGGGGGUGGAAUGAGCUAUUGAUGGCAAUUCGAAACCUAAUCACUAGAUGCCGCCACAUUUAUCUUCUAUUCUACUAUUAUCUACUAUUCCUUUAAGAGGCUAUAGCUAUGUCUUGGAAGAUUCUGAAAACAAAUCAUUCUUUUUGAGAUAGAUAGACGUAAUUAAUAG